GUAUGGUUAUUUUGUGAGUGCCUUAUAACGUUCGAGGUCGCCAAAGCGCAAGUUUUAGUUUAGUAAUCGCACUUGUCGGAACAACUACAGAAAAUUCAAGAACGGAAAUCGAGAAGAAAACGUAUAUAAUAUACAUAAAGCAACUAAUAAAAAAUAAUAUAUUAGCCACAAGAUUCAAAAUAAUUUAUUUUCCCAUGCCUACUAUAUAAAAUAAUAAUAUAAAAAAUAGUGAAUUUUCCUAAAUCUUAUUUCAAUGAGAAAAUUUUAAUUUUUUAAUUCUCAUUGGUGAAACUUAAACAAAACUAAAAUAUUGUGAAAUAGAGUGAGUUUGCGAAAACCAAGCGCAGUGAAUAAAAACACCAAAAGAAACAAAAUGUAAUGAAAGUAAAACUCAAACAAAACAUUACAAAAAAACCUGAACUCACUAGUUUUUCGUCUGCCGCCAGUUACCAACCACUCCAACAUCUGUCACUAUCAAAAAAAUCAAAGAGUAACAGACAACAAAGAAGAAUAUAAGAAGAAAACAUAACUUGUUCAAACAAAAACCCCAGAACAACUACAAUAAUCAUUAAUUUUUGUAAUUAGUUCUAUGAAAACGUGUGGUGUUUUUCCCUUCACUCUGUGGAAAAGAUAAGCAAAACCGCGUUGGAUCAAUAGAGAAGUAUCACGGUGAAAAAAAAUUGCAAACAAAAAAAGAAAGUAUCGAACCAUCGAUAGAUAUCAAUAGACCUCAUAAAAUGGCCAUGACAUAAACCAUACCUUCAUUGAGGAGCGCAAAGAAAGGAAACCCCCAUAUAAUAAAUAGCCCGAUAUAAACUUCAGGUCAUAAAACUGAAUAAUACCCUGGAACUGAAACAGAAGGAAUUUAUACGCUAUUCGGAAUUUCAGCAAACAAACUGCGCGUCAAGAACGCCCAACGUCUAAAGUGAACAUAAUCAUUUUUGUUUUGCGAUAACUAGCACCACCACCAACAACGUUUCUACUACUACCACUACUUGCCAUAUAAAAGUCAUAAAAACGAAGAAGCAGCAAACGAUAGCCGCCUGCUAUUGCUGCAUAAGGCCGCUAACCAAAGGUUUUGGCCAUCAUUUGUUCAAAAACUCAGCCACCAAGUGGUGGCGAAAUUGACAAGCCUCUAUAGAAAGACAAAAUUAAAAGCUCGGAAACGGAAAUAGCCGAGUAAAUAGCCUAUCAACGUUGUCUCAACAAAUUAAAUCAACGCAAGCGCAGCUGUAGCACAUCUUCUUCAGACGCAAAGAUGAAUAGUUUAGUUAAAGUUUUUAGUAAUUUUAAGGAAUUCUACAGUGAAAUCAAUGGUGCCACCCUGACGGGAGCCAUUGAUGUCAUUGUGGUUGAGCAGCCCGAUGGUGAAUUUCAGUGUUCACCCUUUCAUGUACGCUUUGGCAAAUUGGGCGUGCUAAGGAGCCGCGAGAAAGUGGUGGAUAUUGAAAUCAAUGGUGAACCCGUGGAUAUUCACAUGAAACUUGGUGAAUCUGGUGAAGCAUUUUUCGUAGAAGAAUGCCCAGAAGAAGAUGUCGAAGAAUUGCCCGAUAAUAUGGCGACAUCGCCCAUACCCACAAAUCAUUUUCCUGAAAAGUAUUUAAAAGGCUCCACUACUUUGGACAAUGACAAUGAGGCAGAAAAAAAUGCUAGUGCCACUCUGCAAAUACCACUGUCAUUGCCAUUGCCCAGACGUAAUUCCAUUGACUUCUCUAAAGAAAGUGCUAAGGAGUCUGAUGAUCAGCCCCCUAAAUUUGAGAAUCAAAUUUCUGACUUUAGUCAUAGAAGAUACACCGAUAAUAUUCACACUUUGGAACGGCGUAAUCUUAGCGAAAAGCGCAAGGAGUAUACCACACAGAAAAUACGUCAAGAAUGGGCUGAACAUGAGGAGAUAUUCCAGUUCGAUGCAAUUGAGAAAGAUAAGGAUUGGAGUAACAGCACCCAGACUGAUGAAAAACCCAUUCAGAAUGAAAAUAAUGAGUUUGCCAAACAGCAAUCAACUAUUCUUCAGCAAUCUAUGGAUGUGACCAUGACUCCACUUGUUGACGAACCAAAACUCAUUGCACCAACCAUUAGUGUUAGCCAACAUCAGGAACAGCAAUCCUCGAACAGCAACAGCAUUAAGGAUGAAUCGAAGAGCAAAAAGAAACGCCGCAAGAAGUCUCAGAUGAAGAAGAAAAACGCUCAACGCAAAACAUCAUCGAGCAGUUCACUGGGUAGCAGUACCCCAGUUGAGGGCACAACAGGCACGGAUGAGAACACCAUUGUCAAGCCUGGCGAAGAUGCUGACACCAGCUCCUUAUCGAUCUCAAACAAUACAAAUAACUCAUCAAAUGAUGAGGCCUCUCCCAAAUCGGGUGAACAAAUUUCGGCUCCAUUGGUCACCGCCAUGGCUGGUGAUGAGAGCCUUGUAUCGGAACAUUGCAAAACAUCACCAGUAACACCUAGCACCAAUACACGCAUGCACGAUUUGGAUAUACAUUUCUUCUCAGAUACCGAAGUUACUUCGUCGGGUGGCACUGGUGCCUGUGGCAUUGGCAGGGGUGCUGGACGCCCCUCCACGCCCAUACAAAGUGAUAGUGAGUUGGAAAUAUCUUUGCGUGAAAAGGAAACCGAUAGUGAUUUAAUGACAUCAUCGGCUUCAUGGAAAUGGGGUGAAUUGCCCACCCCUGAACCCAAAGCCGAUCAGAGUGGUGAAAAUCCAGCAGCUCAGGCUCAAGCCCAACGCAACUCUAUGUUGAGCAGCAUGUUUAAUUUCAUGAAGAACAAUAAUAAAAUGCGCAAGCAAGGUACUGAAGGCGGCGGUGUUUAUCUGUCUGAUCUCAAUACGGAUACCAUGGAUCCAGAAAUGUUGGCCAUGUAUUUCCCUACGGCAUCAGCUUCCAUAUCCAAAGAGAAUUCGCCAGCUAUUGGAGCUCUUAAUAGCAAUGAAGAUGAUCGCGAAAGUGGCAAUGGUACUUCUUUGCCACACUCUCCCAGCUCCUUGGAGGGUCAGAAGAGUUUGGAUUCCGAUUAUGAAGAUGGCAAGGUGCAAGAUGGAAAAUACUUGGAUUUCGUUGCCAUGUCCUUGUGUGGCCUGCAAGAGAAAGGCGAUCCCUCGGAUGAAGAAUUCGAACGUCAUUCAAUUAAAUACAAAGAUGUCUGUGAAAAUCCCAGUAUCUUUUCAUCGCCUAACUUAGUUGUCCGCCUCAAUGGUAAAUACUACAGCUGGGCGGCUGCAUGUCCAAUUGUCAUGACCAUUAUAACUUUCCAGAAGCCUUUGACUAAUGAUGCCAUUGAUCAAUUGACGGUUAACGCCAAACACGAUGCUGCUGUUGCUGCUGCCGCUGAUGCGGCCAUUAAGGCUGAUGCCGAGGGUGGUACACCCACCGGUGCCCAAAAUCAGGCUAAACGUUCCUGGUGGAAUUGGAGACGUAACCAAAAUGUCAAUCAAACUACCACUACAUCAACUAUUCAAAAGACUGUUAAAAUUGAAGACAAAGCUGAGGACAAAGAAAUCGACCAAACCGCUGUGGCUACAACACAAACCACACGUCCCAAUUCUCCGGAUCUGAGUGAGCGUACUUUGAGCAAAACUGAUUCCACUAUGAAUGCUGAAAAUACUUCAGCUCUUAUGGAGAAUAUGGAAGAUUUAUCGCAGGCUUCUUCCAAGAGUGAAUCGACUAUAGAUAAAAAUAAAAAUGAACAUUACAAAAAGUCACUACGUCUUAGUUCCGAAUCCAUUAAAAAACUCAACCUUAAGGAAGGCAUGAAUGAAAUUGAGUUCAGUGUCACCACAGCCUAUCAGGGCACAACACGCUGCAAAUGCUAUCUCUUCCGUUGGCGCCAUUGUGACAAGGUCGUUAUAUCCGAUAUUGAUGGUACUAUAACCAAAUCGGAUGUUUUGGGUCAUCUUUUACCAAUGGUUGGUAAAGAUUGGGCUCAAUUGGGUGUGGCACAGCUAUUCUCGAAAAUUGAACAGAAUGGUUAUAAACUUUUGUAUUUAUCGGCUCGUGCAAUUGGCCAAUCGCGGGCAACACGUGAAUAUUUACGUUCCAUACGUCAGGGUGAUGUUAAACUACCCGAUGGUCCAUUGCUAUUGAAUCCAACUUCAUUGAUAUCGGCCUUCCAUCGUGAGGUGAUUGAACGUAAACCAGAACAAUUUAAAAUCGCUUGCCUAUCGGACAUUAGGGAUUUGUUCCCCAACAAGGAUCCCUUCUAUGCAGGCUAUGGUAAUCGCAUAAAUGAUGUCUGGGCUUACCGUGCCGUUGGUAUUCCCAUCAAACGUAUUUUCACCAUUAAUACCAAAGGAGAGCUUAAACAUGAGUUAACCCAAACAUUCCAAUCCUCCUAUUGCAGCAUGACCUAUAUUGUCGAUCAACUAUUUCCGCCCAUUAAAGCCGAUGAAGCAGCUGCAUUUGAAUUUUCUAAUUUCAAUUACUGGCGUGAUCCCAUACCGGAAAUCGAUUUCAAUUUAGAUGACUGUGCCAACACUUCCGCAGGAUCUGCAGGUUCCACUCUCAACAAUAGUGCGGUCUCCGAGACCAAUACGAUUUUAAAUUCAUCACUUUCGAAGACUCUAACGACCAUUCCAGAAAAUUGAACGAAUGAAAAAGAAAAAAAUAAUUUUUUUUAAAAUAAAUCCAACUAAGACGCCUCAUGCAUAGCACCACCCCCUCCAAAAAAUUUAAAAAAAAAUCAGACAUCUACAUAUUAUUAAACAUAAAUCAAUAAGCAUUUAUUUAAUAUAUUCAAAAAAAUUGUUAAAGCUUUUUAUAUUUUUCAUAAACAUAAAUUUAAAUUUUCGAUGCGUAAUUCUCUUAAGAAUAGUUUGUUUUUGUAUAAUUUAUUAGAGAAACCCAAAAUCUAAUAUUUAUUAAUUUUUUUUUUAGUUAAUUUAACUAGUUCGAGUUCUCAAAAUCUGUGUUAGCUACAACUUUACAUAUUAGAGCGUUAUAAAAAAUCUUUUGUUUUUAAGAAAACUACAUUCAUUAGACACUCAUUACAUUCAAUCAUUUAAUCAUUUAUUUAUCAAAAUGCAAACCAGAAAAAGCAUUAAAAUAUAAAAAUAAUAAUAAAAAAAAUAAAAUGAUAGGCAAAACUUUUCCAAAAAAAAACGCAAUUAUAAACUCAUGAAAUUCAUACAACAUUAAUAAGUAUAGAUUUUAGAUCAAGCGACAUAAACUAUUGAAUCAAAAUGCAAAAACAAAAAGUUUCGAUAAACAAAAAAAUAUCGCAUAGAUUAUUAUAUAAACUAUAUUUAAAUGGAUACGCAUUACUACUGCUAUAUAAACUUAACUACAUACUUAAGAUUUCAAAUCACAACUUCAUGAUCACAAUUUGGCUUAAGACAACAUUACAUAUGAAUUUGCUACACAGAACGUCUACAGAGUUAGGCACAUUAGACAGACAUUCAUUGUCAAAACAAGUAUUAAUUUAUCGAUUUUCUGCACAUUUCUAAGUUGCAUUCAAAACAAACUUCUAGUUCUUACAUUUUGUCGCCGGUUGCAUGCUCAAGUGUUACAUACCCCACUUCAAUGUUUCACAAUGGUCUACAACGAUCACUGCAUAUCUCGAAAUUUGUAGAAGAUGGAAGACAACCGAACCACCAAUUCACAACGAACAUGGCGCAGAAGUUUGUGGGUCAACAAGCAAAAAAAGUCAUAGGGGACACUUAAGCAUGCAAACGAGGACUUAACGAAUAUGUGACAUAAGGUAUUAUUCGCAUAGUUUCUGUAUACAAACUGCUUGUUCGUAAAUAUACAUGUAUUUGUUUUCCGUUAAAUAAAAGAAGAAAAAACUUGAGAAAAGGCUUGAGAAUUUAAAA